AUGCAACUCAGAUCUAUCCUCGCCACGGCCGCCAUCGCCAGCAUGGCCAAUCCGGUGCUCGGCGCCGCUAUGCCCCAGACCGCAGAUGCAGCACCACAAGUCUUUGGUUGCUUUGUCAGGAAAUCUGUGGUUAUCGAGGUCAAAGACGAUCAAACCAUAACCGCUGUGGAUUGGCGCGAGACUACCAAUCCUGGCCAGCUCGAAUUCACCGACGGCGACCAAAAAAUCACCGUCAAAGUGGACAAAAACUGCCAAUCGGCGGGAAUAACCGCGCAUCGGAAGGAGGUCAAAUUUGGUGCCCGCCAAAAACGUAGCAAAAACGGAGGGGCAUACGAAGAUCCCGACCAACGCACAAUAGAUUUGGUGUAA